AUGAAUCAGCCUGUUGCUUCUAAGGAGUUAGAUAUCAUCCUAUCUGGGGAAGAAGUUGGGCAGCAUACUAAUGUCAUAGGAGAGGGAAAUGUUGAAGUCUUAAUAGAGAUGGACAACCAAGAAGUGGCUACUACACCUACUGCGGAGAAGGGAAUUACAAGUAAGCCAAAGGUAGCUGUUGGAGGAAAGGCUGGAGCUUCAUGGAAGAGGAAGCAUCACAAUACAGGCAGAUUACUGAUAAUGUCUGAGCAGCCUGCACAUAUUUCCCUGGCUAUUGAGGUAUCUCAAGGGAAGAAGACUAUUAAGACAUUGAAGAGAAACAGAGAGAUUGUGAUCCCUCCUCUCCAAUGGGACCAACUCCGAAACACCGCCACUCGAAUCAACCCCAAGGCAGUCAAAACAAGGGAUGUUCCACGGCCCACGGCCCAAGCAUAUCGAGAAACUCCCUUGACGGCUAACUCGACCAGAACCGACGGACCCAAAACCAUCCUAGUUCAACACCACAGACGCCCUAGGAAACCCACGCCACUGCCCUCCCCCACCACAAUAUCCAUCAGUCGCAGCUCGAAGCCACGCCCGUCGGAAGGACCUCUGUUCCAGCACCAGGAACAGCAGAUCCGGGGAGAACCGCCGCGUCGACCUCACAUCGGCGCCCAAAAACAAUGCCCGUCAGAAUCGAAGGUUGUCAAGAUGGGUGAGAAGCAUGAAGCUUUGGAUGCUGUUCUUAAGGAAACUGUGGAUUUGGAAAAUAUUCCCAUUGAGGAAGUUUUUGAGAAUUUGAGAUGCACGAGAGAGGGUCUUUCAAGCGAGGGUGCUCAGGAGAGAUUAACCGUUUUCUGA